AUGGGCAGUCAGGCGCAACCAGUCGGGCAUGUCUCGUACAGCGCCCUUAAAGCGUGGAUCUAUGACCAGGAAGACUACGAGCGCCGCACCGGCGAGCCGGCACCUUUGGCGGGAGAGCAGCGUCUUGCCAUGGCCGUCCUCGUCUCGCCACAGCGACUUUCUCCCCCAGCCCUGUCUCUCAAGCAAGAGGGAGUCGAUGGGAUGGAAACCGACUGGUCUUACAAGGAUGCCAUUGUACCCGCCGAGUACGUCUACGAGGAGCUGCCGGCUAGCAUCCAUGGCUCGCCACAAUGGCGCACCCGAUGCCGACUCCCUCGCGAGGCGCCCGACCUCUGGUUCCCGGAUGUCAACGAACCUCGUCCAGAGGACAGCGUCUUCCAGUCCAAGAAGGCUUCAAGACAGCAUGCGGCACGAUGCGCCAUAGAGUGGCUCAUUUCUCAGGGUCUCAUGUCUUCGGACGGCUUCCACAUUAAGCAUGCUCUCAAAAACACCGCAGCAGCGCUUGCCAGUUCGGCCAGUUCUACAGCGGUCACGACAGUGAGAGACAAUACGCCGUCGGCUCGAAACCCGUCUCAGAGCCGGCCCCGACCUUUGUUGGCUUGGCCAGCAGAGGCAGCCGCCCGGCCUGCGACGGACCGCCAAGCAUCUCCAUCGCCAGGAGCAGAUCCCCGUGACAGCGUCCCUGCCGAGGGACUUGACCUGCGGCAGCAGCCGAAUCCAGCAACGUCUUCGCCCACACCGCAGCCCAUGGCGUCUUGGGCGGGCGGAGGAGCAAGCGUGAAUGCUGGCUCUUGGAAUCUCGUUAUGGCGGCCGCCGACCGGGGGAUCACUGCCACAAACGUUGUGGGCGGCCGAGGCAACAUCUCCAGCUUCAGCGAGCGGCCGUCGCAUGCCUGGAGCGAUGGCAACGACUACGAAGUGUCCAGCAUCCAGCAGCUCGAUUCGUUGUGCAAGGCGCUUAAGCUUGGCUCGCCCACGUACAACCUGGUGCCGAGCGGCGAGGGCGCCGAGGGCAUCUUCAGCGGCCGCAUUGUGUUUUCACCGCUCAGCACCAAGGGUGGCGGGACCAGUGUAGCCCGUACCCUGCCUGAGGGCGUUGGCGAGGUGCACAAUGUGUUUACCAAGAAGGCCGCACGGGAGAAGAUGGCGCAGAGUGUGUUGCGAUAUUUGAACACGGCAUGCGGGGAUGUGUUGGACACGCGCAUGGAAGAGGUGGCGGUUGAUGUCUAG